GCGUCUAUGGUUUGACGUGUUGCGCGCGCAUCAUGUCAAUGACAUAUCAUGUCGGUUUUGUUUUGCAUUGCGCAGUUAAAGGAUAAACGGCACGAAGAUUGAGUCCUUCGUUGCGGCUCUACCACCGGCUCUCAAGGCGUACCUGACGUACGGGCUCGCCCGCUGGGCUGUCCCGGUCCAAGAGAGCGGAGAAAUGUCAAUACGGACGGCGGUCCAUCGUCUCGUGCAAAAUGGUCGCGUCAUACUGCGCUCAUUACGGAAUAACGAGCGCUUCCACUCGAGAGGAUACGUGGACAAGCAUCCCGACAAGAUACACGUUGCGCAGACAGGCGGGUCCCAGAAUGGCGGGUUUCCUUGCCAGAACAGCCAAAAUGCGUGGAGUACGGGGAGGCAUCUCGGUUACUUGGGGACGCACGCCCGACGUAUCUUCGUCGACAAUAUCUUGAAGAGAGUGACCAACAGUCUCGCAGCUGAUUUACGAAGACGUGCGGCUAGCAGGCUCGUCUUCGGCGAUUCCGCACCAUUUUUCGCUCUCGUUGGUGUAUCAUUGGCGUCAGGUACAGGGAUAUUGACCAAGGAUGACGAGUUGGAAGGAGUGUGCUGGGAAAUUCGGGAAGCAGUUUCAAAGAUACGAUGGAACACUCCGCAGAAUGAUAAAGAUUAUCAAAUUAUUCCUGUCAACGAGAACGCUGUGAGCUUACAAGAUUUCAUGAUUGGACCUAUCAUUGCUAAGGGUUGCUCUGCUGCUGUGUAUGCAGCACAAUUUGUUGAUGCUGCACGAGAUGAAACGAACGAACCAAAAAAUAUCGACGAAGAGACGAAAGACGUGACUGUGUUUCCAUUAGCCAUAAAAAUGAUGUUCAAUUACGAUGCAGAAUCUAAUGCAGCUGCUAUUCUGAGAGCCAUGUAUAGGGAGACAGUGCCUGCUAGAAGACACUAUGGGAAUGACGAAUUGGCUAUUUGGGAGCAAAGACUGGCUGAGAAUACAAUGACGUUGCCUCCUCAUCCAAACAUUGUAGCAAUGCAUUACAUCUUUGCUGAUAGAAUACCGAUGCUACCUGGUUCGUGGGGAAUGUAUCCUGAUGCUUUGCCAACUAGAAUCAAUCCUCAUGGAUCGGGCAGGAAUAUGAGUUUGUUUUUGGUGAUGAAAAGAUAUGAUGUCACCUUGAAACAAUAUAUGGCAAAUCGAAACGUCGAUACACGAGUGUCAAUACUGCUGUUUGCUCAAUUACUGGAAGCAGUAGCUCAUAUGAGUGCAAACGGUGUGGCGCAUCGAGAUCUGAAAACUGACAACAUCCUACUCGAUCUGUCAGAAGAAUCUGAUAAUUGUCCAUCCUUGGUCGUAACGGAUUUUGGCUGUUGUUUAGCCAAUAAGAAUCACGGGUUGUAUCUACCUUACAACACUUACGACAUUGAUAAAGGUGGCAAUGUUGCAUUAAUGGCUCCAGAAGUGAUAACGGCAGAACCCGGUCCCUUUACCAGUAUAAAUUACACCAAGGCUGAUCUGUGGACAGCAGGUACCAUUGCGUACGAAAUAUUCGGGAUGCAGAAUCCAUUUCACGGCGAUAAAGGCGAGAAAGCUGCUCUAAACAAUUACAAUUAUACGGAGGACGAGCUUCCCGCUUUACCGGAUAAUCUGCCUCCGAUUAUCAAUGCUGUUGUAAAGAAUUCUUUAUUGAGGAAUGUAUAUAAGCGACUUGACAUUGAAUUGGCAGUAACGAUAAUACAACUGUAUCUUUGGGCACCUAGUUCUUGGCUGAAAAAAGAGGGAUAUUUACCGUCGAGCAACGAGAUUAUGCAAUGGCUUUUGUGCUUGACCACAAAAGUUCUUUGCGAAGGACGGAACGCAGAUUUGUCUCCAUCGCAUGGAUCACUCUUCGUUGAUAUAAAGCACGAUGUCGAUAGACGUUCAGCUUAUAAACGAACGCUUUCCACGCGUUCUUGUGGAAGGCGCACAAUGCCGGAAUAUCAGUUGAUUGCAAGCUUCCUAGUAGGGUAACGCUCGCUAAUAUUAGAAACGCAUUAAAGUGGAUGCAACGAAAUAAUUGAGGUGAUAGUAUAGUAUUUAAAAAAUAUGAUCGAAGCUUUACUAACGGAAAGUUAUUCGUCCUUGACAUAAUUGAGCAGUAGCAUAGUUCAAAAUAACAUCGUGUAACUCGACAAAUUCAAAAUGGUCUUACCCUACAAUUUUUCCUAUUUGUUUCUCUCUUGAAAGAUUAUUGCUAUUGUUAUUUACAUAUUUAAUUUCCAGUACUUUGUUUUGAUACUUAAGAAGCACAAAAGGGCGAAAGAGCAGUUUCGAAAUGUAAAAAUGUAAUACAAAUGUAGAAUUUUUUAUUUUGAAAUUGGCGAUUUUUAAAAAGCGCACCGAGCAUGAGCCCUUUUGUGAUUCCAGUGCCUUGAUAUUUGAAGAAUAAAUUUGUAAAUUAUUUUUAUUUGUAUAAAUUUAAUUUGUGUAUCGUUUUAUAUUUAUUUGGUGGGCUAUAAUUAUUAGUACAUAUAUGAGAAAAUGGAGAUUACAAAUGUGUAUAAUCGAAUGUGUGUCAAAUGCUCGAGCAUCACACUUCGAGACUUUAAAACUGUUUGCCAAUAAGGCCAAAAAUUUAAAGUGCACAACGUUAAAAAAUAUUAUCUGCACAUGGUGUACAAUAUUUUGAUAAUUCAAAACUUUUAUUUAUUUUUUUCUUAUUUAUCUCUAUUUAUUCUUGUGUUUUCUGUCAAAUGCGCCAUUAGGAGAACUUGCAGUUGUACUUCCACCAAAUUUCUCAAGAAACGAGGUAAGAGUUCCUCAGGUAGAUUCGAUAAAAUAUCAAUUUCUAAAUGUGUGAGGUUUUAACAUGAAUACACAUUGUCAACAAACUUACGUGUACAUAUGGAUGCAAAAUAAAGCUUGUAAAUAGUCAGUUUCA